AAGCACCCCAGGAGGAGGUGUCCCAUAUUCUCUGUGCUUGGCUCAUCCUCUGAAGAUGAAGGCUUUUCUGGUCAUCCUGCUGGCUGCCGUCCUGUGCACAGAGCCAGGUGGUUCUUUGAAAUGUUACACGUGCAAGACGCAGCUCAGCAACUCCAAAUGUCAGACGGCGGUGACGUGUGCCAACAGCUCACAAGCAUGCAAGACGGAUGUGAUCAACGUCGUGGGCCUUUUCAGUAUCAUCAACAAGGAGUGCGCUGCGUCGUGCGAGUCGAGCUUCCAGGACUUCACCGUGGGAAAGCAGAACGUUUCCUGCUGCAAUACCGACCUUUGCAACCGCAGCGGGGCGGGCAGCGUGGGCAGCAGCUACGCCACCAUGGCAGCAGGGCUUACCGCCAGCGUCCUCUGCGUCCUUCUGAGGAACGGGCUGUGAGGCGUGGGGAGGAGGCCUUCAGCCUGACAGAAUCCUGGCGCUUCCCCACUGCAGCUAGGAUGCUAACCACAGGCCCCAGCUUCACGCUCAGCUCUCUCUCGCACGCUUAUAGCUGGCUGCAGAUGCCUCCCUGGCAAGAGCUUCGUUCCUGCUGUUAAUUAAGAAUCAGAAACUCUGUGUGUGUGUGUGUGUGUGUGUGUGUGUGUGUGUGUGUGUGUGUGGUGUGCCUCUGAGAAGGACGCACUGCUCAGUUGAUGCAUUUGUUGCUCCAUCAAGUGCCUAUCCGUGCAUGUGUGUUUGUGUGCCAGAGACACAGCUUUUGGCAGACACACAUGCUUUGUCGCUGUUGUCGGGAGCAUGUGUGUUAUGUGAGCUACCCUUUACUGUUGUAGAGCAAAGCAGAAGGCAUGAAUUGUACAUACAAAACAGCUGGAGCCCUAGUCCGUGACUCUGGUUCCUAGGUGCGACUGCUGUACAAAUAAUAAAUGAUAACAAUAAAGGAA